AUGCCUUCAAAAUGGUCUAUGAUUUCACUUCUGCAAUACGCAGUUACAUUCAACCCCAUCACGCCCACACAGGCUACUUCACUUGUUCCAUUUGCAUAUGAUCCUCUCCCUUUGGGCAGCAUCACUGCCAACGGAUGGCUAAAGACAGAACUUGAAACCUCCGCUGCGGGUCUGGGAGGUCAUUUAUACGACUUUUAUCGAUUCGUCGCCAAUUCAUCAUGGAUAGGUGGAGACCAGGAAUAUAGUGAUCUGAACGAGGCACUGCCGUAUUGGGUCAAUGCACUUGUUCCACUUGCGUAUACCACGCACGAUGAACGUCUGAAAGCACAAGUCCAUGUUAUCGUUGAUAAUGUGCUCAGUCGGAUUCAGCCGGAUGGAUGGAUUGGCCCGGAGACGUUGGAGAGUCGAGAACGGAUGAUCUGGGCGAGGACAUUACUAUUCCUCGGAUUGAUGAACCUUGCUGAUGCAAAUUCAACUUAUGAGGCUCCCAUCGUAGAUGCAAUGCUCCGGUUUAACGGGCUUAUGAAUACCAUGCUUAAGGACAAUGGAACAGGGAUUAUCUGGCAUGAGGGCGAUAAGCCUAAUGUUGAUGAUUUCCUGUGGUUUCGUUCCCGUGUUGAGGACAUGAUGGUUAGCGUGGAGUGGCUUUUGGACUUCCAUCCGGGGAAUGAAACCAAGAUACUCAAGGAAAAUCUUGAAAUGCUUCAUGAAUAUGGGUAUAAGUGGGAGGGAUGGUACACCGAGCAGAGCUAUAUCAAGGAGGACUUUUAUGAUUUGCCUCAGUCUGUCACGGACGAUCUGUGGCAGUUUUUGCAUGGAGUGACUAUUGCUGAAGGUUUGAAGUACGCUGCAGUCGUGAGACGCUUCACCUCCAACGACAGCCUUUUGACGACCGCCAAGAAUGGCGUUGACUGGACAUUCAAGUAUCACGGAGCGCCAAGUGGUACAAUUCUUGCAGAUGAACGAAUCGACGGAUUAAAUCCAUACUACGGAUCGGAGCUUUGCACACACGUCGAGACAAUGUAUUCUCUUGCAUACAACUACUUCGCAAUUGGCGACCCGGAUUAUGCAGAUCGAGCUGAGUUGACUGCCUAUAACGCCCUCCCUGCUGCUCUGAUGGGAGAUUGGUGGAGCCACCAGUAUAUGACCGAGCCCAACCAGCCAUUCUCUAAGAAUCUAUCAGCUACACCAUUCUAUGAUGAUAACACUCAAUCUAACACGUUCGGUCUCGAGCCCAACUACCCCUGCUGCACUGUGAAUCAUCCCCAAGGAUAUCCCAAAUUCGUCCUUUAUUCGUUUGUGAAGAAGGGAAAAACCGGUCUCGUACACGCCCUGCUCAGUCCGGGCAAUGUCCAUACGGAAAUUGGCGGAAAGACGGUGUCUAUUGAUUGCGAAACGGAUUAUCCAUUCGCGAAUACCCUUUCCUACACGAUUAAAACCGACACCGACUUUGACUUCUACCUUCGCGUGCCAAACUGGGCGACGGAAAUAUCAAUCCAAGGCCUUGCCAAGCCAUCAACAGACCCGAAAACCGGAUUAAUGCAGUUCAGCAUCCCGGCUGGAACGACAAAGUUCACUUACACACUCGGCAUGGAGACAAUGACGACCCCUCGGGCCAACGACACGGUCGCAAUCUACAGAGGUCCCCUCUUAUACGCACUAUAUAUCAAACCCGAUAUCUCAUCCGGCCCCCCGAAAUUCUAUAACAAUCAAUCAGAGUACCCGGCUGGUACAUACCCACCCCAGGCCCAGGAUCAUGUUCUUCUGAACACCACCGAGUGGAAUGUCGCCAUUGAUCCGACUACAUUGGAAUACAACGCUGGUUCUGGCCCUCUUCCUGAACCUACGUUCCAAGAUGGUGCACUGCCUAUGUACAUGACUGCGAAGGGAUGUUUGAUUUACUGGCCAAUGUUUCUUGGGGCUGUUCCGGGCUCGCCUAUUCCGAAGGAGGAUAGGGUUUGUUUGGGUGAUGCUUUCAAUGUUACACUGCGGCCCUACGGGAGCGCGAAGUUACAUAUGUCGGAGAUUCCUACAAUUGACCUCUCUGGGCAGUAA